GGCAAAGAAUGAUGAAACAAAAGAAUCAUCGCCAGAAAAGAAGGAAAACGACAGAAGUCCUUCAAAAAGUAGUAAUUCUGACAGCCAAAUAACGGUACGAACUAGUCCUGUUGUGGUCGAUACGAUACCCGUAUGUAGACAGUGCCAUAAAAAAUGCCUAUCAAAACCAAAUAGUCCAUUAGUAUCACAAAAGGAACCACCAAUUACACCUAAGCCCAAAAUCGAAACGUCACCACAAACAUCAGCUUCAAAUAAAAGCACCAACAGCACGUGUAGUGCAAACUGUGAUAAUCGAAAACAAAAGUUUUUCUGCCACUUAGAACGUAAAGGUGCAAUUAAAAUACGCCCCGAAGAUGCUCCGAAAGUCGCCUUAAAAGUGAUUGACUCAAUAGAACAAAGCCAAAAGAUGCUAAAAUCGACUUCAUAUGACUUGAACACUGAUUCUGCAAUUUUAAACAGUGGCAUGAGCCGAAGUCGGACAAAAAGUCGCUUGGAACUUAGAAAAGACAAUUCAAUUAUGUCACCUAGCCCUACUUCUAGCAGUAGAAAUAGUCCCCUCUCAACUAGUCAUACUACUUGUAGUUCUAUGGUUUUUAAUUCUAGUUCUAAUGACUUAAGAAUUUCUAAUUCUAAUAUAACUAAUCAAGUUCAGUGUGUCAUCGCACAAGAGAAGUACAUCAAUGAAGUGAAAUGCGUCGAAAGUAUUACUUUAAGCAAACCUCGAUCAUCUUUAUCGAACUAUUCAUCUCCUGCAUCAGCAAAGAAGGAACAAAUAACAAGACAAAAAGCGGAAAAUGUACUUAAUAAAGUACUAGGAAUGAACAUUAUAACAAAACAUGAAAAUGUUGGGACACGUUUAAAAACAUCUUCAGUGUUCUUAGAUGAUGAUUCACUGCACGAAGACGAUAAUGAUUUCAAAAUAGAACGUGGUAUGAGAAGAUCGCCGAGAAUGGGAAUAGCAACUAUUAGUAAAAUGAAUGGAGAUAUAAGUAAAAAGACUGAUAUGAUUGAUGAUAUUAAUAACGUAAAUGAAAAUGAUACACUGUCAGAUGAGGAAUUGGAAUUGGGACCACUUAUGUUAAUGGGGUUAUCUGCGAUUAAUCCUGCAGCUCAUCUCAUGCGAGUGGAACCUUUUAAAAGGAAUUCCGAAGUUACCAUCAACAAUAUUCAUUCAAGACCGGCCAGCCUUUGUUCAGUGAAGUCCGAAUCACCUGUGCCUAAUAUAUCUAUAGUUCCACCCACACCUGAUUAUAAUUCAACAAAUAAGACUGAUGGUAUUAUAGAUGAUUCACCUGAAUCACCAGAUGUGCCUGAAGACCUACCCUACGUUUCAUUAAAAAGAUAUGGUACAAUGUCAAGCCUCGAGAGACUACCGUCUGAUGAGACGGACGAUGGUAACGUAAGACUGACCACACAAGAGCCUGAGCCGAAAUUACACAAUUCAGUUUCAGCAACAAACACGGUAGCAACCAGUACAGCGGGUGGUAUAAUGGGAUGGACCGCAAGAGCUGGUUCAUUCGUUGUAGAAAAAAUGAACAUCUUUAGUUAUACUGAAAGUGUUCCAAAUACUUCAAUAGCUCAUAAACAACCAUCUUUCCUGGAAAGGUGUUUGGGUGUAAGUGAUUGGAAGUCUACAUUGGGAACUGAAGAAGGUACAGCUGAGACUGGUGAAGGAAGUGGUGCGAGCGGUGAAGAAGCGUGGGGAACACCAUCCUCUGGAGACCUAUCAGACAAUCUUCCCGAUUCUGAUCACGGAACGCUUUCGUCAUCAACUAAGUCAUCAUCGUCGUACGCUGGUGAUGAUGACACUGAGCUUAUGAUGGACGAACUAUUGAUGGCACCCACACUAACUGGUCCUACGACGUUAAGACCAUUAUUACCCAGGGAUGUUUUUAGGAGAAGACUGGAGCCUUUACUAGAAGAAGAAUUUUCUGACAGUGAGAGUGAAGAUAACAAGCCUACCCCUACCAAUUCUGAUGACCAGCGGGCGUGGCCUCGGUGCUGACGACUGCUGCGACGCGCCGCGCCUGCCGUCCUCUGCUUCCGGCCAAGCAGAGGACGGGGGUGCGGGCGACGCACGGGAUGCUGGAAGGGCGGCCGGUGG